AUGUCAAUCCCUUUGUAUAGGAUGGUGCCUCUGAGCCCUCACAUACAAGCACUCCAGCAAGAUGCAACGACUGAAGUUUUGACACUUCAUCAUGUCCAGACGAGAACCGGAUUAUUCACUUACGGCUUACCUAAAUCAUGCGAGCUGCUAUACCUCCAAAUGUGGGCAAAGAGUUUCGGAAUGGUCGUCAAGGAUAUUAAAAUGCCUGAGAUUAGCCCACAGGCUUUCCGUCUUGAAAAGGGCAACACUUCAGCGUUACUAAAAGGUUAUACCGCGCUUGUUGUGGCUCUCGGAAAUGCUAAGUACGAUGUCGAGCUCAUUUCCAGAGACAAGACCUCUACUCAGCAGGAGACGUGGGAAUCGUCUUGCGCUCUUCACCUCCGAGAGACAGGGUUAAAAGCUCAGGGAGGACACAUUAGAUUUCUUUAUAUCCCGCUCCACCUAGAGCCUGAAUAG